AUGCCUGCUGUGAAGUCAAACAAGAGAGAAAGGGAAGGUGGUGCCUCUGUUGAAGUUGCGUCCUCCAUGGGCGCUGGGUCGUCCAAAUUGAGAAAGAAGAUCAGAGAUAUCGAGAGAUUGUUAACCAAGAAGAAGAACUUGCCUGCCGAUGUGCGUGUGGCCAAUGAGAGAUCCUUGAAGGCGUUGAAGUUCGAGUUGGAAAAUAGUGACUUGCAGAACAGGGCCAAGAUUAUCUCCAAAAAGUACCACAUGGUGCGUUUCUUCGAGAAGAAGAAGGCGCUCAGAAAGUUGAAGCAGGCCAGCAAGGAAAUGGCCGAGUUGGAAGCCAACCCAGAUGCUGAGAAGAAGGAUUUGAAAAAGCAAAGAAAAGUUGUUAAACAUUGCCAGGUUGAUUUAGCCUAUGUGAUAAACUUCUCCAAGACCGAAAAGUACAUCUCUUUGUACCCUAAUCCGAAGGAAGAAGAUGCUGCUACCCUUAACAAUGCCAAGGCCAAGAGGGGCAUGCAAAUGACCGAGCAGAUUAGAAAGAGCUUCAGAAAGGAGUGCGAGGCCAUGUUCGACAACGGCACCUUACCGGUUUCCAUCGAAGAUGUGUUGGAGGGUAAGAAGCUUGACAAUGUUAAGCAGGCUAGCAGCGGCCAGGCCGCACCUGAUGCCACAGAGAAGAAAGCCCAUGAGGAGGAGGAGGAUGAGUUCUUUGAAUGA